AUGCUGCUGAUCAUUAAAGCUCUACUUUUAGCUGCUCUAGGACAUUUUAUCAUAAUUUCAGCUGCUCUAGGACAGGAUCACAGAGAUGCUGCUGUUGCUGCUGCAAGGAAGAUAUAUCCAUUGGAUAUGGCACCAAAUUCAGUUGAUGAUCAAUAUGAAGGUUGUAGAGAGAAAAUGGCAAACCUGGUGGUGAAAAAAUAUCUAAAGAAAGAAUUUAAAGAUGCUUCGAAAAAAGAUAAUAAGAAUGCCACACCACCAGAAGAUAACUUGACAAGUGAUCAUUUAUCCGCCAUUUACAUUUACACUGGCAAUCAUGUAUAUAAUAAGUUCACUAAUGCUGUUCGCAAUGAAAAACAAAACUACAAAGACAAGACAUUUGAAUGGUAUUCACUUCACUUUUUCUUAACCGAUGCGAUACAGAUUCUGAAUAAAGCACAAAAUGCAUGUAUUUCAACUUUUCGUGGUACAAAUGUUAAAUUUAAUUUGGAUGUUCUGAACAAAGAUGUUCGUUUUGGCACAUUUACAUCUUCUUCUCUUGAUCGUGCAGUUGCAAAAGGUUUUGGAAAGGUAUCUUGUUUUGAAAUCAUAACUUGUGAAGGUGCUAAUAUUACAAAAUAUUCUAAUUAUCCUGGUGAGAAAGAGGUGCUGAUUCCUCCAUAUGAGACGUUUAAUAUCAUUAAUGUCACAAACAGAACAGAUGAGAAUAAUCUCUGGUGUAACACGGUUUACACGUUGGAAAGCACUGGAGCAAAAAGUGACCGGAACUGUGCUCUAUUCAAUAAACCAAUCAAAAACUGA